UCUCGCGAGUCGCGAUAGAGCGAUUUUAUAAAGUUUUUUCUUAAUCUUUUUAUAAACAUUUACAACCAAAUAAUUUAUCUCAAUGCAAUAUGUACGUAUAUAUUACGGACCUUGUGAUACAUUUUUCACAUUGUCACAUAAACCACAAAAACUGCGAGGCUUGAGAGAAUAUCUGCAAACAUUGGGAUUUCGCGUGGAUUUGAUUCCUGUGGACUUCGUGAACUACUGCAUGAUAGAAAUGUGUGGUCAUGAGGUCUUCAGGUGCAACAUCAAAAACCUCUGUUUCAACACCCCGUCAGAACGAGAUCCCGUGUGCCGGCGCGCUAUCAACGCGGUCGUAGAAUCUUCUGGAAAGUUCCUUCGAGCUCGCACAUACAUGUGGUUAUGGGCUUACAUUGACGACUCUGUGUUUAGAAGCGAAUUUGCGCCAAAAGAAUAUUGGCCGUUUGCUCUUGAUGACAAUUUAAAUGUUAAAUGA